AUGACGUUGCGGUAUAUAAGUGCGUCCGCCGUGACGGUCGGCGUGACACUGGUCGUUUUUGCGUGCGCCGCGUUACAAGUAACCUCGGUGGAGGGGAGAGAAGAACCUCAUAAGUACACAAUAGAUGAACUUUUGUCUACGUACUUUGAAAAUAAAGAUUCAAAUGAUCUCGGCAUGGAUCCUUGUAAGGCUGAAAAUUUUCAAGGAGAUAUCGCUAUACCUGAUAUAGAUUAUUUUAAGCCAGCAAACACAGCCCCGACAACAUCUAAAAUCAAUAAGUCGCUCCAAGAAGAAGUAGAAAGACUUAAAAAGGAAGUUCUAUUAGAAGGGCUACAAGUUGAAGAAGAGGGUUUACCAGAUAUAUUGAGAAAGAGAACCAAGCAGCCUACACCAAUAUCACGAGAAAAACCGAAAAAAUUCAACGAAGUUACAGUUAUAACAAAGGUCAUUCCACCGGGGCUAGAUAAAUCAAUAUUGAUGAAAAAUGGUAAAAUUCCACCUGGAGAAGAUUUAGAUAGUAUUCACACGGGCAAUCAAAGUAGGGAUAGUCAUUUAAACCAAUCAAGUAUAACCGACAACUUAACUGAAUCUGAAAGUCUUGAACAGGAUGGCGUUUUAGUUGUUAAUGUCUCAACUGAUAAUAUAUUGAAUCUUGAUGAAUUUUAUCCAAAUAUACAACUGUCAAACUUUUCAAACAAAAUGGAUGAAGUUACAAACAAAAUACAAAGCAACAGUCGUGAAAUAACAGGAGACAAUAAUAACUUCAAACUCAAAGACUUACCAGAGAACAUGACGGUUGCUCCUGCUCCUACCAACGGUGUUAUAUUUACAAAUGAAGAUGACAAUGAGAGUGUCAUUAAGGCUACCAAAUUGAACCAAGAGCUCAAUGCAAAUUACAAUAUCAAUGAUCUACUAAAACCCACAGAGAGUUUACAAAGUGUUGUAAAUCUUUCAAGUCAUAAAAGACGACGAAGAAGAAGACACGGGAACGGGAGACGCUUAAGAAAUAUUCAAUCCAGUGAACGAAAAGGUCACAAUGUGGUGAGAAAUUCAGGUGAAGAAAAUGGAUUAGAAUUUAAAAAAUCAGACCUUCGUCACGAGAAAGCGAACGAUUUAAACCAACAUGAACCAGCCAUACAACUGCCUGAACAUGAAUUUUAUGAUAAAUUCGAACUAAAAGCGCCUCCAAAAAAUGAGUUCAAUGAAACUAAGGAUCAAUCGUUUAAUGGCUGGUUUUUUCGGGACUCUGAAGAAGAUUUAGAAGCAAGCGAAACUCGUCACCAUAGAAGUCAUUACUAUAAUCAUACACAGAUGAGAAGAAAACAUCGCACGGCCAGAGCCGCUACGAACAGGAAGGAGCGUAUUUGGGAGAACGGUGUCAUUCCAUAUGAAAUCGACGGUAACUUCAGUGGCGCUCACAAAUCUCUUUUCAAGCAGGCUAUGAGACAUUGGGAGAAUUUCACUUGCGUCAAAUUCGUUGAAAGGGAUGCUGAAUUACAUCGGGAUUACAUUGUGUUCACAGAACGACCGUGCGGAUGUUGUUCAUUCGUUGGAAAACGCGGCAAUGGAGCUCAAGCUAUAUCGAUCGGAAAGAACUGUGACAAGUUUGGGAUUGUGGUCCACGAGUUGGGACACGUGGUCGGCUUCUGGCACGAACACACUCGACCCGACCGGGACAGACAUGUUCAAAUAAUCCGGGAUAAUAUUAUGACUGGGCAAGAGUACAAUUUUAAUAAGCUUACAGAAGAAGAAGUAAAUUCGUUGGGACAGACUUACGAUUAUGAUUCAAUCAUGCAUUAUGCCAGAAACACUUUUAGUAAAGGGACGUUCUUAGAUACGAUUCUACCUCUGGAAGUGCAUGGGAAGAAGAGACCAGAAAUAGGACAGAGAGUGAGAUUGAGUGUGAGUGACAUAGCUCAGACUAACUUACUAUAUAAAUGUGCAAAAUGUGGGAAGACGUUCCUUGGUAAUUCAGGCUGGUUUAAUUCACCCGGCUGGGGUUCUGAAACACCUCCAGAAACAGCUGAGAAAUGCGAAUGGAGAAUAGUGGCGACUCACGGAGAACGAGUCGUGCUAAAUAUAACUGAGAUAGAUAUCCACAAAUCGGAUGGUUGCCGAUCAGAAUGGGUGGAAGUAAGGGAUGGUUAUAUGCCAAACGCACCAGUUCUUGGUCGUAUAUGUGGUUCAGGGAAAGGACCAAUGAUGAGAUCAACGGGUUCCAGACUAACAGUGGUCUACCAGCCGGGGACGAGAUCCAAACCUCACAGAGGAUUUAGAGCCCAUUAUGAAGCUGUAUGCGGCGGAGAUAUAGAAGUUGAUAGCAGUGGUCAUCUAGAAUCACCGAACUAUCCUGAUGAUUAUCAUCCAAAUAAAUUAUGCAUUUGGAGACUUUCCGUACCACAAGAUUACCAAGUAGCUUUACGAUUCCAUUCAUUUGAAGUGGAAAACCAUGAUACCUGCAAUUAUGAUAAAGUAAAAGUAAGAGACGGAGAUUCAAUGGACAGUCCCUUGAUAGGGAUGUUCUGUGGACAUAAGAUUCCUCCUGACAUAAGGUCAACAUCAAACAAACUGCUCGUGAUCUUCGAGUCUGACAGUUCGGUACAGAAAGCCGGUUUCUCAGCUACCUUCAUGAAGGAAUACGAUGAAUGCACCUCCAUAGACCACGGCUGUAGUCACUCCUGCGUCAACACUCUCGGUGGAUAUGAAUGUGCAUGUGAUAUUGGCUAUGAGUUGCAUUCAGAUGGAAAGAAAUGCGAGAAUGCAUGUGGCGGUGUGUUAUACGCUCCAAACGGUACAAUAACUUCACCGUCAUUCCCGGACUUGUAUCCAGCAUCAAAGAACUGCCUUUGGGAGAUCGUAGCACCGCCCCAACACAGAAUCACUCUAAACUUCACACAUUUCGAUCUAGAAGGCAGCAAUAAUAUGUAUCACCAGGAGUGUGAAUACGAUAGUGUAACGGUACAUUCGCGACUCGGCGCUGACGUGUUACGGAGGCACGGAGCCUUCUGUGGGUCAGUGGUCCCUCCGCCUGUUACCUCGGACGGAUCAGUGUUACGAGUACAGUUCACAUCGGACACUUCCGUACAUCAUUCUGGUUUCGCGGCCGCGUAUUACAUAGACGUUGAUGAGUGCGCAGACAACAAUGGCGGCUGUGAACACGAGUGUCACAACACUCUCGGCGGAUAUGAGUGCGCGUGUCACAGUGGCUUCACACUGCACCCCAACAAACACGACUGUAAGGAAGGCGGGUGCAAACAUGACAUCACGCACCCACACGGAACCAUAUUUAGUCCAAACUACCCAGACUUGUAUCCAUCACGGAAAGAUUGCGUGUGGCAGUUUUCUACUACCCCAGGACAUCGCAUCAAGCUUAUAUUUAACGUGUUUGAGUUGGAGCCACAUCAGGAAUGUACGUACGACCACGUAACAAUCUACGACGGAGCUUCGGCUGAUGAAAAAACUUUGGGUAGAUUCUGUGGUAGCAAACUUCCCCAUCCAGUAGUCGCGUCACAGAACCAGAUGUACGUAGUGUUCAAAUCAGACGCUUCUGUGCAGAGAAAAGGGUUCCUAGCUACUUAUUCCACUGCUUGCGGAGGCUAUUUGUCAGCAUCAGAGACAGUGAAGCAUUUGUACUCUCAUGCUAGAUACGGUCAUGACUCGUACGAGUCGCGAGCUAACUGUGAUUGGAGCAUUGUGGCGCCACUAGGACAGUUCGUACGACUUACAUUUCUUACGUUCGAGUUGGAACCAGAAGCUAACUGUGGUUAUGACUUCGUUCAAGUGUUCGGUGGUUUGGAAGGCAGUGCUGGUGAUUACGGAAGCUUUUGCGGAUCCAAGAUGCCGCCCCAAAUAGUUUCUACGACAGAGGCUCUCCUACUGCGAUUCCGUACGGAUGAUUCUAUAGUAUUCAAAGGAUUUUCCGCAUCAUACGAGGCUGUGAAACCUGACGUGUGGAGUGGAGAAGAUAGUUCGGAAGGCGGAGAAGAUUUGGACGAGGAAGAAGACGAAGAAAUGCCACCACUAGUUUUAGGUAGGAGAGGUCUCCGCGCUCCUUUACCGCGGUUCGUUCGCCGGCCCACGUGA